UGUUCGUAAACGGGCCUCAGACUAGGACUUGAAAUUUGAAGGAUGGAUAUGUGAUUUACUCAAGCCUUUGAGAUAUAUAUUUUAAUUCUCAUCAUAUCAAUCCUCAUAUUUGAGUAUAUACCUUCCUUUUGAAAUGGUUGAAGUGUGAUAUUAUCUUCUAUUAUGGCUACACUCAACACCCCUGAUUUGUAUACUUCAACUAUACUCAUCCUAAUAUUAGCAUUCCUAUACCAAUAUGUGCUCUACUCUGCCCUAAUAUCACCACUUUCCAGAAUUCCAAAGGCCCACUGGUCGUGUUCUAUAUCACCAGUUUGGAUUCUAUGGAACCGAUUCAACCACCGCGAAAACCGCACAUUACAUGCAGCUCAUAAGCGGUUCGGGCCGGUUGUACGCAUAGGUCCUAACGAGCUGAGCGUCAACAGCGCCGAUGGCGUUAAAACCAUCUACCAGGGCGGUUUCGAUAAGCAUCAGUGGUACUCACUCUUCAAUAACUAUGGAGUCUCAUGCAUGUUCUCAUCCCUGGAGUCCAAACAGCACUCACAGAGGAAGCGUAUGGUUUCACACGUAUACUCAAAAUCAUAUCUACACGCCUCCCCAGCUCUCGCAGCACAGGCCGACGUCAUUAUAAAUGAACGGCUAAUGCCGCAGCUGGAGGCGUCUGCAUCUAUGAACUCCGCCGGACAUCCGCACGCGAUCGACGUACAUUCAUUCUUCUGUGCUACCGCUAUGGACUUUAUAUCAUCAUACACUUUCGGCCUCCCUCGCAGUGCCGACUUCCUCCGGCGCUCAUCCUACCGCGCGCACUGGCUAGUUCUCUACGCCACGCGUGAGGGAAACGGUUUCUUCGCACAAGAACUCCCCAAACUAUCCCGUGUCCUAUCUCUCAUCGGUAUCGAUCUAAUCCCCUCAUGGGUCACAGCCGCAAACCACGAGCUCGAAGCCUGGUGUAAGGAACAUAGCGAUGCUGCUAUCCGCUUCCUAGAAAACGAGGAAACAAAAGGCUCCGUGCUGGACACCGCGGGUGAUCCAGUCGUCAUACGCGCUCUCCUCGCAGGCCUCGAUAAAGAAGCUACAACAUCGCAUGAACCCAUCCCACCCCCGCAACGUGACUUAAUAAUUGCAUCCGAAAUCAUAGACCACGUCCUAGCCGGCCAAGAAACAACCGGCGUCGCACUGACAUAUCUCACAUACCACCUGUCCCGCUCCCUCCCAUUACAAGAAACACUACGCCGGGAACUUCUAACCCUAUCCCCUAAUCUAAAACUCAACAACGGCAGAAUAAACACAUAUUCCGACCCCAAACACCUCGAUUCCCUCCCAGUCCUUAACGCAGUUAUAACAGAAACAAUCCGACGAUACACUCCAGCCGGCGGACCCGAGCCACGCGUUACACCCACCCAAUCAUGCCGCAUCGGGCCCUACAAAGUCCCCGGCGGUGUACGGGUAUCCGCUUCACCGUAUAAUAUACACCGCGACGAAGUCGUGUUUCCGGACCCCGAGACGUGGGAUCACACGCGAUGGCUUCGGGGACGACAUGAUGGCAACGACAACAAGGAGGAGAGGGAGAGGGAUGUAUACCGAAACUUUUGGGGAUUUUCGAGUGGUGGGAGAAUGUGUCUAGGAUCGAAUUUUGCUAUGCAUGAAAUGAAACUCGUGAUCGCCGCCAUCUACUCUAACUACACUAGUCAUAUUAUCAAUGACGAGGGAGUUGAGCAGACCGAUGCGUAUACGGGGCGCCCGAAAAGUAACUCAUUAUACUUGCGCUUUGAGAGGAUUAUGGAAGAUUAAAGAGGAACUAGUAGUUCGUUGGCGAAUAAUAAUAUGUAUAGAUAACAAUUUGAAGAGUAUAUAUCAGAUAAACAUAGUAUUCACCAAUACCUACAAAUUCAUUGA